UUCUUGUUGCGGUAAAAGUUUUUCGUUGAGUACCGCACUAAGAAGACGACGCGCCGAAAAUCAUAUGAAACCAAAAUACACAUCUAUUUCUUUUCAUUUCAUUUGUUCACUGUCGUACAUGCAGAAUAUAGUAAAAGUUAAAUAUUAAACGCAAUUAUUAGGUGUAAAGUGAUCCAGUCAAUUAAAACACAGCUUAGUGAAACAACAAUAAAUAUAAAAUGGCAGCAACACAACAGCAAAGCGAAGAUAUCCUCCAUAACCAACCGCUGAUACAGCCGAAGCAGCAGCAAUUUGCAUUGCUGCCGAAGAUCAUUAACGGAGGCAUUGCGGGCAUUAUUGGUGUGACAUGUGUUUUCCCAUUGGACUUGGUGAAGACUCGGUUGCAGAACCAGCAAAUCGGUCCAAAUGGCGAACGGAUGUAUUCAAGCAUGUUCGACUGCUUCCGUAAGACAUACGCUGCAGAGGGCUAUUUCGGCAUGUAUCGAGGCUCGGGCGUGAAUAUUUUGCUUAUCACACCUGAAAAGGCUAUUAAACUGACGGCGAAUGAUUACUUCCGACAUAAACUUACCACUAAGGAUGGUAAACUGCCUAUGAGCUGUCAAAUGUUGGCUGGAGGCUUGGCAGGCGCAUUCCAAAUCAUUGUCACCACGCCCAUGGAGCUGUUGAAAAUCCAAAUGCAGGAUGCGGGCCGUGUAGCUGCCGCUGCAAAAUUAGCGGGCAAAACCGUUGAAAAGGUUUCAGCCACACAAUUGGCCACGCAGCUUUUUAAAGAAAAGGGCAUUUUUGGUCUAUACAAGGGCAUUGGUGCCACGGGCUUACGUGACGUCACUUUUUCCGUAAUUUACUUCCCACUCUUUGCCACUCUUAACGAACUGGGUCCACGGCGAAAUGAUGGAUCUGGCGAAGCGGUAUUUUGGUGUUCCUUCUUGGCUGGUUUGGCGGCAGGCUCAACGGCAGCCCUGGCAGUCAAUCCCUUUGACGUGGUGAAAACUCGAUUGCAGGCCAUCAAAAAGGCCGAUGGUGAGAAGGAGUUUAAGGGAAUCACCGAUUGCAUCACCAAAACUCUUAAGCACGAAGGACCUACAGCAUUCUUCAAGGGCGGCCUUUGCCGCAUGAUUGUGAUUGCUCCAUUGUUCGGUAUUGCCCAAACCGUUUACUAUUUGGGCGUAGCCGAGGGCUUGCUAGGCAUGCAGAAGAAGUAAUUGACAAAGUCUAUCCAGAAGCAUUUUUGCUUUUGCUUUAAAUGUUAUGUGUGAAUGUAUACGUAAACGCUGUUGUUGUUACUGUUAAAGCUGUCUAGUUUCGAUGUAAAAAGUGAAAGCGCUCCAUAGAAAUAUGCAAUUAUGUUAUCCCUUCCA